AUAAAAUCGACACUUUUUAAUUUUGUCCCUCUCGUGUUAAAACUGCAGCACAGGUGCAUUUAAUGCUGCAUUUGAGACUCGCAUUAUUACAGAUCCAGGCGAUUCAGAAAAAAAACAUACAUUUUUUAAAUUAAUACUGUGGUAACACCAUAGUGCAGUGCUGAUAUCAAAUUAUUUGUGAUUAUUAUAGUCCGUGUUUGUUGCUCCUCAGAAUGAGAGCAGAUUUGACACUUCUGCUCGUUUGUUUGCUGCUGCCUGCAGUCAGAGGCACAUUAUCAAAGACCGAUGCCAAAAAGGCCAGUAAGAUCCAGGAGGCGGAGACGGCGGCGGCGGAUCGUCCGGUGCAGGAGCGCGGUCUGGCGGUGACGGAGCCUCAGUGGCGGGACAUAGUGAGAGAGGAGAAGAGGUUCUGUCCCCAGUGUGUGUCCACACGACACUUUAGAGGAGCUGUGCUGGGAUACAUCACACCUUGGAACUCUCAUGGAUAUGACAUGGCUAAGGUAUUUGGUCCGAAGCUGACGUCGGUGUCUCCGGUGUGGCUUCAGCUCAGACGCAGAGGACCAGAGAGCUUCCACAUCACCGGUCUCCAUGACCAUGAUCCCGCUUGGGUCAAAGCCGUGAGGAAGGCCAAUAAAAAAAACAAAAUACUUCCUCGGCUGUUGUUUGACGGAUGGUCCUAUCAGGACUACAUGAGCGUUCUGGACAGCGAGGAUGAGAUGGAGGAGCUGGGUCGAGAGGCGCUGGAAGUGGCAAAGGCUGAAGGGUUUGAUGGUUACACACUGGAGUUAUGGAGUCAGCUUGGAGGAAAUAAGAGAAAAGAGCUGGUGCACCUGGUCACACACCUGUGUGAGACUCUGAAGGCUGGGAAGUUAACCUGUGUGCUGGUCGUCCCUCCUUCAGUCGCACCGGGCUCUGGUCAGCCUGGCAUGUUUGGACGGGAGGAUUUUGAGAAACUGGCUCCAGUGGUGGAUGCGUUCAGUCUGAUGACGUAUGAUUACUCUGGACCGGGCAGGCCGGGUCCGAGCGCUCCUCUGCCCUGGGUCAGAGAGUGUGUGCUGCAGCUCGCGCCUCACAGCCAGUGGAGACACAAGAUCCUGCUGGGAAUCAACCUGUACGGACUGGACUUCAGCAGCCACGGCGGAGCGGAGCCGCUGCUGGGCACCAGGUAUGUUGAACUGCUGAAGGAAGUGAAACCCAAACUGCAGUGGGACGAAAAUACUGGAGAACAUUUCUUCAAUUAUAAAAGGAGUAAUGGAGUGAAGCAUGUUGUUUACUACCCCACUUUAAAGUUUCUCCAGCUUCGUAUCGCCUUGGCAGCUGAACUGGGAACAGGGAUUUCCAUGUGGGAACUGGGACAAGGACUGGACUAUUUCUAUGAUCUUUUGUGACCCGUUCGACUGUGACCUGACCUCCGUCUGUCUGAUUUGCUUCCAAAUAAUAAAGUGCAAUUUAAUAAAGCACUUCGGAUAUUUAUGAAAAUACUGUGGUUGAGCAUGCCAAUAAAGUUAUUUUUAAUUA